CCUCGGAAGAUGAUCACACAACUUGUGAUAUUGGUUCCAUUUCAAGGGGCCAAACUCAGGAAUUCACUCCCGGGGCAUCAGGUAUGACAUAUCAACCAACAAAUACUGAUAUUGUUCCAUACACGAUGUCACAUAUAUUAAGGAAUCCAAGUCUUUCGUCACUUGAGAAUCUAUUUGGUGGUUCUUGGCCUCAACAUUUUGAGAAUACCCUUAGCUUUAGUUCAUCACCUGGGCUGCCAAUGUCCAUUAAGACCCCUGAUGUUGUUAAUAAUAUAGAGGACUCUAACAUUAAUAUAGAAAGUAAUGAGUUGGAUGAUUCCAAUGAUGAAGUGGAGAAUGCAAGAGAAUGUGGUGAACCAUCAGUGAAGGAAAAACGUACGAUUUUUUCUAAGUGUUGUGGGACUGGGAGUCACUAUCUUUACCAGCAUGACAAAAAGAAACGAGCAAAGAGAAACAAAGAAUUGUAA